AUGUCUCGCAUCAGGACCACACUAGACAGCGUCACCAAGGCAGUAGGAAGCACAGACCUCAUUUCCAAGUUCUCCCGUCUGAAGCCAGGACCCUCUGUGGUGGACGUUGCCCAUGCAGAAAAGGUUCUGGUCAAACCCGAGAAGGUCACAUCGAAGGAACCUGAUGUUUCGCCACCUCCUGAAGCCACCGUAGGCGAUGUCGACUGUGUAGCAGAAGAUAACAAAAAAGGAGCGCAAGGUCAAGAAAAUCCUUUAGCCGUCACUUUGGACGAGGACAAGAACAUGGACGCACCUUCAAAGGAUCCCGCUCACGUAGAGGCUAAACCAGCGGACGGUCUUGAAACAAAAAGCCCGGUUCUUAACAGCUCACCUAAAAAAGGCUUCACCCACUAUCUAUCCUACCCUCGUCCAAGCGUUCGAGCUUUCGUGGGAAAUUACAUCGCUCCGCUGGUGCCCAAAUUCCGAGGAGAUGCUAAAACUGUUGAGAAAGACAAACUCCCUCCUGCUAGUGUAGUAGAAGCUCCUGUGGAGAAGGUGGACGGUGAAGCUCAAAAGGCAGAUGAGGCCAAGCAGCAGCAACUUUUGGCUCAAAUGGAAAAGAUUAAAGCCAGGGUGAGUGUUGACAACAGGACCAGAGCCCUUGUGAAAGGCCUACAGAGAGUCAGCGAUGUUCAGAUGCUCACCAGUCGAGUAGAGGAACUCAGCUGUCAUCUGCUAGAGUUCCCAGAGACGCGUGGCGUGGCCAUCAAGGAGAAAGCUAUACCGUGCUUGCUACGUUUGCGGCAGGCAAAAGAUGUCCGCUUUCAGGCAGCUGUGAGAGAGUCCCUGGCUUUGGUAGGCUACACCGAGCCGGUAAAAGGCAGAGGAAUCCGCGUUUUGGCCAUAGACGGUGGGGGAACUAGAGGACUCCUGGCCUUGCAGACCCUCCUCAAACUGCAGAACUUGACUGGAAAGCGUGUGCACCAAUUAUUCGACUACAUAUGUGGAGUCAGCACAGGUGCCAUCCUGGCUUUCAUGCUAGGGAUUUUUCAGAUCCCCCUGGACGAAUGCGAGCAGAUGUACAGGAAGUUGGGCUCGGAUGUUUUUAAGCAGAAUGUCAUCGUCGGGGCGGUCAAGAUGGGCUGGAGCCACGCGUUUUAUGACAGUGAAAUCUGGGAAAACAUCCUCAAGGAACGCUUAGGGGAGGGAUGUAUGAUAGAAAGUUCCAGAGAUCCAAACUGUCCUAAAGUGUCAGCUGUAAGCACCCUCGUGAACAGAGGCCUUCCACUGAAGGCCUUUGUGUUCCGAAACUACAGUUUCAUGCCAGGGGUGAGGUCGCACUACCUUGGAGACUGCAAAUACAAAAUGUGGCAAGCCAUCAGGGCAUCUUCGGCAGCACCGGGCUACUUCCAGGAAUACGUUCUUGGGAAAGAUCUCCAUCAGGACGGAGGCCUCCUGAUCAACAACCCCACAGCGUUGGCCAUCCACGAGUGUAAGUGCCUCUGGCCGAACACGCCGCUACAGUGCGUGGUCUCUCUCGGCACAGGACGACACGAAGUGGUGGGAAAGAACGGCACCACCUACACGAGCCUCAAAGCUAAGCUCACCAAUGUCAUCAGCAGUGCCACAGAUACAGAAGAGGUGCACACCAUGCUGGACGCCCUCUUGCCCCCGGACACCUACUUCCGAUUCAACCCUUACAUGAGCGAAGACGUGCCGCUGAACGAGAGCCGAGUAGACAAGCUGAACUUCCUCAUGGGUGAAGGCGAGCGCUACCUGGAGCGAAACGACGCUAAGCUAAGGAAAGCGGCCGGCGUGCUGACCCAGGAGAAGGGCGUCAUCCAGAGAAUGGCCGAGUGGGCCAAGCUCAAGGCCGAUAUGUACGAGGGCCCGCCGUUCACCUCCAAACUUUAA